AUGAAGCCCAGUGAAGUCAAAUACGAAUACACCGAUCCUGAUGAAGUCGAGCGCCUGGACUUUUAUGUUCCUGGAGGUUACCACCCAGUUCAAAUCGGUGACAAAUUCCACAACAGCCGAUAUGUAAUUAUCCACAAACUCGGUCGACUCGUCGCUCUCAAGACCUCCACCGUGGAAGCAGCAGAGCGCACUGCCCAUGAGUCUCAGGUUUUGAAACGGUUGGAGCAGGCCAAAUCACAGCUUCCUGGAAAGGCUGUGUCGGGCCCAAAUGGCAAUCAUCGAUGUUUGGUCCUGGAUGCUGCGAGGGUUAAUAUCAAUGAAGCCAAAGAGGCAGCAUAUCACCGAUUGCUUCAUCUCCCAGCUGCGAGGGCUAUCGUCGCACAGCUUGUACUUGGGGUUCAAUUCCUUCACUCCCAGGGGAUAGUUCAUGGUGAUCUUCGUCUUGGCAAUAUUCUCCUUCGCCUCCCACCCAGUCUGCAGCACAUGACUGCCCAGCAGCUAUAUGACAAGACUGGCGAACCCGCAAAGGAGCCUGUGAUUCAUUGUGAUGGUGCACCCCUUGACCAUGGGGUUCCCUCGGAACUUGUUGUUCCCCUCUGGCUCGGGCUUGGAAGCGACGAAAUUACCUUGACUGAUUCUCCCAUAUUACUCGCUGACUUCGGUGAAUCAUUUGAUCCAUCGGUCACGAAAACUUUCAGCUGUCAUACACCACACCUGCUUGCACCUCCAGAGGCUUUCUUCGCAGGGCCUGAGACGGACGAUAAUCUCUCCUUUCCAGCUGAUAUAUGGACACUUGCAUGCACCAUCUGGGACAUUCUAGGAUCGGCACCCCCAUUUGAAGUGUUUAUUCCUAGCCUUGAUAGCGUCACAAGGGAACAUGUUGAGACAUUUGGCAGACUUCCCGACCGGUGGUGGGGCAAAUGGGCGCAAAAUGUCAAGGAAGAGCUCAGGCAGCUUUACGGCAAUAGCACGAGGGCCUGGGAUCAACGGUUUCCGGCAGCGAUACGCGAUGCACGACGGCGGGCGAGCAGGACGGAGGAAACCAAAUUUGAGAUCUUUGGCCAAGCCGAAGAAAGAACAUUUGGUGACAUGAUCAAGUCGAUGUUGGUUCUUGAGCCGGGGCAGAGGGCGCCGAUUGCGGAUGUAGUGAGAUGCGACUGGAUGCAGAAAUAG